AUGUCGACCCAACCACCAGAUACAGCUCCAAAGCAAAAGUCGCGCAGAUCCUUGCUUCCUUCGCUCCACCUCGGCUCCUCCUCGUCCGCCUCGUCCUCCUCACCCGCCUCCAUGCGACCACCCUGUUCAUCAUCCGCACUCGGCUCGUCUGCUGCACAGCCAGACUACUUUGCCACCGUCCAUGUGCCCGACGCAGAGACCACCAACGCCGUGCGCAUCGUCAGCCCCUUUGCGCUCGCCACUCCACUGGUCUCCUCCUCCUCGGGUGGUCGUCUGCCUUCGCGGCCCAACACCGCCGACCUACAUUCCCGUGAUGCAGAGCCACAUCCUUGGGCCAAACUCUUCCCAGACGCUGGCAUGACUACCGCCUUGCCAGAUCGCUUUCGCAUGCCAAACCUAGCUGUACCGCCUACACCCGCUGCCAAUCCUACCGCCGUGCCCAUCCAGUCGAGCCUGCCUAGCCCGAGCUCGCCUGCUCAACCACCAGAUUCCCGGCGCAACCUCUACUUGCCUCCCCAACUCAACCUCCGCCCUUCCUCCAGUGCUUCGCUCCCUUUGCCUGCCCGCUCUUCCUCCUCGCACACCAAAUCCAGCGCUUCCAGCGCUUCCACCGCCGAUCUCACCAAGUUUAAAGCGUUGGAUGUCGACGCGCUUGCCGACGCUCUCCUGCCGUCUUCCUGCAAGCGUCAAGCCCAAGCGUCGUCCAUGGCCGCUCCACCACCCACAUCCACAGACGUUCUCAUCCUCGACAUUCGUCCCUCCACUUCUUAUUCGAUCGCUCGCAUUGCAUCCAGCAUCAACAUCUGUGCUCCAAGCACCUUGCUCAAGCGUCCCGCCAUCACUGUAGAGCGCAUCGAAGACGAAAUGCUUGGCAGCUCAAGCGAUCGGCGCCGCUUCAUGCGCUGGCGAAACGGCCCACUCAAACCCAAACCUGACGCAAACGCCGGCGCUUCAGAUGACGCUUCGCUCGAAGCGCUUCGCAAGCGUAGUGCCACCAUCACUCUGCCCGCCGACGAACCGGGCAUCAACAAGAUCAUCGUCCUCGACACCGACACCUCCCGCAUCGACGGCGCAGGCAACGCCACCGCCGGUGGCGGCGGUCCGUGUCUCAUCGGCGUCCUCAAAAAGUUUGAAGCCGCCGGCUUCGCAGGUGAGCUCUGUUGGCUCGUUGGCGGCUUCAACAAGCUCGCCCGUUGCAAGAAAGCUCAACAAUUUAUCCAUACAGGCGCGCCUGACAAGCACGCUCAACAGGACAGCUCCAGCAGUGCCCACACAACCAGCACUCCCACUUCCGCCCAUCUGCAAAGUCAAAAGCCACCUGAGCUCAAGCUCAACGGCGUCGCCGCUCCUCCUUCCUUCGCCAGCCCCGCUCAUGCCGACGACCAGCACAAGUCGCUUGUCCAGCCGCGAGCGCUUCCCAUCGAAGCUUUCCAGACGCAGAGCACAGUAGCUGGUUGGCCCGGUCAAUCUACCUCUCCAUUCCACCACCAAGCCCAACCCGGCACCUCUGCAGACGGCUUCCGCUUCAACCUUGCCGCCCGUUCGCACCACCAACAUGGCCACGCCGCCGACACCAACCGCACAGCCCACGCCAGUGCAGCGAACCGCUCGGCAGCUGCUUGUGCCAACCCUUUCUUCGACAACAUCCGCCAGAACCGCGAACUACAGCACGGCAUCACCGAAAAGAUCCCCAUGGAAUUGCCCCACAUGAACGAAUCGCAAACCCAACACUUGCCGCCCUUCCUGCAGAAGCUCAUCCAUCUGUCCCAAGAUGAUCGUGCGCUUGCUCUUGCCCAAGCUUUCUUCGAGAUAGAAAAAGCCGAGCAGAACCGACUGAUCGCCACCAUGCAGCAGCAUUCCGCCGAGUCCGACCACGAUCCGCGCUCCAAAGAUUUUGCCACCGCCCAGGCCGCGGCGCUGCUCAAGCAGUCCUCCUCGUCCUCAUCCUUCAGCGCCGCCAGUCAACACCUGGAGCCCGCAGAUCAUUCGUUCCCUUUUAGCAUUGCUGCCGCAUUGGAGCGUGGAGCCGACAAUCGCUACAACAACAUUUGGACCUACGAGCACAGCCGAGUCCGCCUCUCAAAGCCUCAGUCGGCUCAUGACCCUGGUUCCGACUACAUCAACGGCUCCUUUGUCCACCCGCCCCACCAAUUCGGCAGCAAGCGCCGCUACAUUGCUACGCAGGCACCGCUCCCCAGCACUUUCGACGCCUUCUGGACCGCCGUGUGGGAACAGAACAGCCGUGUCAUUGUCAUGCUCACCCGUGAGCACGAGAGCGGCCGUCUGCAGAGCCAUCCGUACUGGCUCAACACUGCUUACGGCGACGCCCUUCGGCUUACCAAGCUCGAAGAGGUUGUCCUCGACCAAGCUGGACACCAGAUGCGAUCCGAAGAAUGCAGCCAUCUGCUAGGCAACCAUCAAGAAGCCGGUGCGCUCUUCCCCACCAUGCCCUCAUCGCACAGCGCCGCGAGCAGCUCAACUUGCGCGCAACCCAAACGCGAGCCAACUACUGUGCGUAGAACUCUGCUUCUCAGAAACCUUGCCGAGCCGCAAGUUGCUCCUCGCAAGAUCGUCCAGCUGCAGUACAUCGCCUGGCCCGACUACCAUAUCCCCGAGACUCCCCAGUCGCUGCUCACACUCAUCGACCUGGCUGACUCUGUGCAGAAUGCCGCCGACGCUGAACUGAGAAGUUCGGCCAGCCGCGGCCGUGCUCAGACGGCCGGUCCUAUGGUAGUCCACUGUUCGGCCGGCGUCGGCCGCACCGGUGCCUUUAUCGUCAUUGACGCCGCCCUCGACGUUCUUCGCAGAGUUCGACGCCGACAAAAGAUGGCUGGCGCUGCCAACGGUCUCUGUGGCAUUUCCGAGCCCGCGAUUUGGGAGAACGACUUGGUUGCCACUACAGCAACUCGCUCGCCAACUUCAGACGGCACUCGAGAUGCGGACAUGGUAGCACCCACAUCGCCUCUCGCUGAUCGGUUUCCGCGGACGCCCCGACGAAGUCUCAAGCGCGAGCUAUCUCCGACCGGCAUGGACAUAGAUUCCGGCAGCAACCAUGGGUCUACGCGCGACUUGAGCUCGCCACCUCCCAUGUUUCGAUCGCGCUCCAACGAAAGCGGUACUGGCGCUGAUGCGGCCAGUCUUUUCAGUAGCAGCCUGAGCAGUACGGGCAGUUUCGGCACUCGCAAUGCCAACGCGCCAAGUGCAGCGCGAGGCAAGAUGCUUUCAGGCGAUACGCCCAUGCGAUCCACUCAGUCGAUGCAAGCGCCCACCGCUGGUGGUGACAGCAGCAUAGCAGCAGCGACGAGCGGAUUCACCAACCCUUUCAGUUCACCCGUGUUCCGAUUCAAUCCACUUUCCAGUGCGAGAAUUCGACACAUGGGCAGCAGUGGCACGCCAAACUCACUGGGCCAAGAUUCGGCCUGCUCGCCCCGCCAACAGCACGAUGGUGGGCUGAGCGCCAAUGACGUUGGAUCGGAUCCUGCAUCUUCGCCCACACGUCUGGCUGCCUUGCAACUCUCGUCACAAGAUGCGUGGCGUCAAGUUUCGUCGCCCUUUUCGGAAGUUUCGACGCCCUCGUUCCAAGGAGGCGGAUCAGCUAGGUCGUCCUUCUCCUCUGCUGCGGGUGUGCACUCGCGUCUGUCGAGCGGCGGCAAUGGGCUUGCGCCGAGUGGGUCGGAGGAGAAAGCGCGAUCGAUCGACGAGGCAUUGAUGUCGGCUGUCAAUCCGUCCAACUUGACCAUCUUGCAACAGGGCCAGAGCCAGGAUCAAGCCUGCAAGGGCGUCGAUGGUGCAACAGCGGGCGAUACCACCACGUCAACCAUCACGGGCAGCAACGAGCCGACGCCGUUUGAUGCCUCGUCGUCGACCACGUCCAACGUGUUUGGGUUCACAGCGCAGCCUCAGUCGCAGCAGCCGGCCACGCGUGCCGAAAGCAUGUCGGCGUCAAACUCUGCCGGCUCAACGUCUUCGUUCAUGGAUGCAUUCACCCAACACACGCCCAACACGUCGGCGCAUUCGACGCCGGCCAACGCGACGCACGAAUCGCAGACACUGCUUGUGGCGAAUCACUCGACGUUGACCAACACGGACGCGUGCGAGGCGGACGAAGCGUAUGCGAACGGCCAAGACGUGAUCCGCUCGAUCGUCGAGGCGGUGCGGCAGCAGAGGAUGUCAUUGAUCCAAACGGCAAGACAAUUUGUGUUUGUCUAUUCGGCGGUACUAGCGGGCCUGUUGAGCGAUCUCAGCAGGGAAGGCGUGGUAUGA